GUCCUAACUUACAAAACUUAUGGGCGUGGUGCGUACAUGCAUCUCCAAUUAACGUUACAUCGAAGGGAGUUACCAACGAGUUUCUGUUAAGGCAACGACAGUUUAAGUCUGUCUUUCUCAGGAUGUCGUAUGAAGAAUCAAUCAAGAAAAUGUUGCGGUCUGUACUCCAGUCCAGCAAGGGUGGUGUGUCUGUGACCCGCCUCCAGUCGGAUUACAUGUCACUAUGUGGAGAGGGCAUCCCGGUGAGGAAGCUGGGCUACACAACCCUGGAGGAGUAUCUGCGGAGCAUCCCCUCUGUGGUCCGCAUGGAGUACCGCAUGGGGCAGUUGACAUGCUUUGCAGCAGUGUGCAAAGAGACGGCACACAUUGCUGAGUUGGUGGCCAAACAGAGGACCUCCAAGAAGCCUGGUCACUCCCAGCUGGUCAACUGCAGGAUGAGGCCCAAACCCUCCAACCCCUACAUGCGCAAUGUGAAACCCAGGUCCUCUCUUCGCCAACCCAGUCUUGGUAGUUCCUCCAGCUGGCCGAUGAACCGUCCUCGACCCCAUGUCAGCUACGGAGGCUUCAGUGCCUCAGGAGACUUCAGACAGCUGGACCAGAAGUUGAGCUCCAUCACCCCACUUCAACACAGAGGACCAUCAACUUCACCAGCCAAGAAACUACCCGCUGCUCAGGUGGACAGGAACAGCCUGACAAACUACCAGAAGCCUUCAGUAAGGCCCCCUGCUCUAGUUUCCCAACCCAAACCUUCACAGUGCGGGGUCUAUGACCAGGAGCAGAUUCAAGGUAGAUUGACUCAGCUUCUGACAAAGUACUGCAGCGGUCUGUGGCUCUCCAAACUGCCGGGAGUCUACAAAGAUAUGUUCAACCAACAUCUGGAUGUCCAGGCACUCACAGACCUGGCAAAGUGGACCAGCAUCUGCUCGGUGGAGAAAGCAUCUGGCACCAACCGAACUGAUUGCCUGGUUUAUCCCCCUCUCCCUCCUAAGCCCUUUCCUGUUUCCACAACGAGCACCAGCAAUACCACUGCAGGAUCACCCACCAUACCCAGCACUGUGACCACACCCAAAAUUUCAUCAGGUGCCACAGCACCUAAACCAAGUUCCUCAGACGUGUAUAAAAGCCCCUUGGCCAAACCAACAUUCAUUUUUCCUCCACCACCUGUCAACAAUUCUACAGGAAAACCAGCAUCCUCAGUCACCUUGCACAGCCCCACUCUCAACCCAGCUGUUGCUCCUCGGACAAUUUCCAGUGUGACUCUGGCUGCAAGGUUUAGCAUCCCUCCUAACAAUAGCCCCAGGUUGCCCACUGAUCAUAAUGCUUCCAGUUCUCUCUCAUUUCAAGCCAGUCCCACUCAUGAAUGUAAAUCUGAUCAUAGCUUGCCCACAAGCCCCAGUAAACUCCCAUUAAACCUAAAUACUCAGACCCCCAUCCCAACUUGCAUCCUCCCAGCAGCUACCACCACCACUCCACCCUCUACCCUCCUGCUUACCAACCACAGUGCUUCCUCUCCCUUCUCUGAUUCCACAGUGUUGCCCUCCUCUCCCCCUCACAUCCCCCCUUCAAAUUUCAGUUUUUCUCCUUCCACCUCUAAUCCUGCACCUGCUGCCCCCUCAAGCCCUUCCGCUGUCAAUGUGUCAGCUGACGUACGACAGAAACUGACAGAACUCCUGUCCAAGUACAGUAACGGUUUGUGGGUGCACGCUUUGCCUAAGCUCUUCAUGGACACAUACAAGACACCUUUCCCUGAGCAUAUUCUGGAUAACCUGCAUCUGUUGCUUGAUAUUUGCAACGUGGAGCACCCGCUGCCAGACAAAAAGAAGGCCAUCCUGUAUAAAUCCAAUAUGCCAGACAUGGGCAGCAACACAGUGAGCCAAGAGAGCCAACCCUGUAGAAGCCUACCCUCUGGAGUCAAGGUGCUGAGCUCUGUGGUGCCUCCUCUGUUGGUUCUGCCUUCAGAUCAGUACCCCUCUGUGCUGGUUACUGAUGCCCUGAACAGCAACACUGUUACUGUCAGGUACGUAGGUGAGAACUACUCAAAUGCCCAGGAGGCAAUGGAGGAUGCCAUGUGCUCAUUCUAUAGCCAAAGCUCCGUUGACCACCAGCGUCUGCAUAGCCCUGCCAUUGGGCAGCUGGCAGCAGUCAGAGGGGAGGAAGGAGAUGAGCUGGCCAGAGUCCAAAUCAUAGAUGUCAUGACCUCCAAUAAGGUCAAGGUGUACUAUGUGGACUAUGGCUUCUCUGCUGAGACCAGUUUGACCAGUCUGCUGGAGCUGCACCAGAACUUUCUCUCUCUGCCCUUCCAGGCCACCAGUGUUCGAUUAGCAGGUCUGGAGCUGCACAGCUCUCAUCCAUCGGUCCUGUCCACCUUGGACAGCUUGGCAAUUGGAAAGAUCCUGUUGAUGGAGACAUUGGAACCAUGUAAUCACAAUGAGACGUCUGUGGUGGUGCUGUAUGACACAUCGCAGGAUGAUGACGUGAACAUCAACUCUGCCUGCCUCAAAGCCCUACAAGACAAGACGAUGGACAAUCCUCUAACUGUAAACACUACAUAUCAGGAUGUGUGUGUAACCAAUGUGUGUUCGGAUGGACUUAUCUACUGCCAGCUGCCCUCCAGAGGAACCGCAAAACUCAGCAAGUUACUGGACAAAACAGAGGCCUUCUUCAUCUCGCAGGUGACAUCAGACUCCCUGGUCUCCCGGCCCUUUGGUGGCAAGUUGUGUUUGGCACGCUACAAGGGGAGGUGGUCGAGAGUGGAGAUCACCAGCCUCCAUGGCAGAGUUGUGGACAUCUUGUUCAUUGACCUGGGCAUACCAGCCUCUGUGGAGGUGACUGAACUCCGAGAGAUGCCCCCUCCCCUCCUCAACGACUUCCUCGUCAUUCCGCCACAGGCUAUAAGGUGCCGUCUGGCAGAUCUGUCUGUUCCUGCUGGAGACUGGAGCCCUCAUGCCAUCCUCUGGCUGAAGGAGGCUGUCCUGGGCUCUGAGGACUGUAGAAUGAAGGUCUUGAAGCUGGACCUGGAAAAAGCAGACAAGCUGGUACAUAUGUACUUGUUCACUGGUGCUGACAGCCAGGAACUGGACAAGAGUAUUAACCAUCAGCUGUCCAAGUCAGAGUUGUGGCAGAAACUCGCAGAGCAAAACAACAACACCAUCAGUAAUAACAAUCUGGAUACAGGUAAUUUAAGUGCACUGGUAGAGAAGCUGUCUCUGAACAGUUCAACUGUGAACCCUGUUUUACCAUCCUCAACUGCGGGAAUGUGUGUAGCAGGAGAACCAGCUGCCCCCAUCAAGACCACCGCACCUUUGACAAAGCCGCUGCCACUGCCUCCUCCGCUGGAUCUGCCUCAGCCUGGUCAAAACAUGGAUGUGUUUGUGCCGGUGGCCUGUCAUCCAGGUCACUUUGUCAUACAGCCGUGGCAGGAUGUGCAUAAGCUGGUGGUGCUCAUGGGAGAGAUGAUCCUGUAUUAUAACAAGAUGGAGAGCACCACAACAGCCACACAAAUCCAAAAGGGAGAGAUCUAUGCAGCCAAGGUGGACAAAAAUUGGCAUCGUGUGCUGGUGAAGGGCAUCCUGAGCAACAGGUUGGUCUCUGUGUACAAACUGGAUCACGGGAAGCAUGAGCUGGUUAGCUCUACUCAGCUCCGGCCUCUCAUCGAGGAGUUCAGACAGCUGCCCUUUCAGGCCAUCAGCGCACAGCUGGCCGGUGUGGGUCAGCGCCAGUGGUCUGAGGAGGUCUCCAUGAUUUUCAGAGAGCACGUGGAGAAUCGAGGGCUGGUUGCCCAGGUUGAGAGUGUCUUGGACAGCUCGGAGGGCAAAGCUGAUCUCUGGGAGAGAAGGCUAACAGUGUACCUGGUGGACACCAACCACGAAGAUAGAGACAUCUGGAUUCAUAACAUAAUGCUGGAUGUUGCUGGCGAGCUGUCCUCGGACACAUAGGGCAGCUCCACAUGGAGUGUGGCUAAAUGAUUGGUCUUAAUCAUCCCAGAGCUUCCUCAGACUUUGAGAAUGAAGCCAUUUAGUUGUACAUAGUUAAACGAACUUGGGGAGUUUUUGUUUUCUUCCCAGAAUUUAAGGACUGGUAUGAUGUUGCGUUUUUCCUCCCAGUACACACUGUGCUCGCAAUUGAUGGAAAAGGAUAUAACUAACCAACUUAACACCAUCAAAUGUUUCUCCUACCAGUCCCAGAGGUUGCCAUUUUGAAAUGAGCCCAGACAUUGUUAAGCUUUUACUUUUGCUGCAUCUGUUUCUUAUUUUGUAAUUCUUUCAUUAACUAAAACUUUAACUUCUUGCAGUUAAGUCAUUUGUGUGUUGUAUACUUUGUAUAUGUUCAUUAAUAUUAGUUUCUUAUUACCUUAUUUUGUUAUGGUUUACCGUGAGUUGAUUCCUUUUGUGUGUUUUGCUUUUAUGUGUGUACACCACGUCUUUGUUUUUAUAACGAAAGUGACGUUUUUUUGUCGGUAAUUGAGUGCAAAUGACUGUAUUGCAUGGUUCAGUUCUUUAAUCUUAAACAGAUGCAGACCUGUUGUUGGACAUCAUUUUUUCUGUAAAUAGGUUUAACAAGGCAAGUUGUGCAAGUGUUUCAAAUGAAAAGUUGUUCUCGGUGGACUAAAACAUGUACCUGUGAAACCGC